AUGGAAAAUAAUGUAAAAACUCACGAAGACAUCGAGUCUCACAUCCGAGAUUUGCAGGCCAAAAAGAAAGAGCUGAACGCCGAAGCGGCCAAGGAUAAGGGGGUUGGAUUGGGUGACCGUGGGUACUUCGAUAGCGAAUUGUACGAUGGCAGCGAUAAGAACAGUAAAUACGAUGGUUACGUUACCUCGAUCGCACCGAACGACGAUGUUGACGAAGAGGAGGACGACGGCAUGCCCAUCGGACGGAACAAUCGGCCGAUGGGUUACACGGCACCGGCGGCACUGCUGAACGAGAUGGGCCAGGGCGAAGAUUAUGAUCCAUUUGCGGAACGUCGCAAACCAACGGUGGCAGAAAAGGAGGAUGAAUACCGUCAAAAACGCAGAAGAUUGGUCAUUUCACCCGAACGGGUGGAUCCAUUUGCCGAUGGUGGCAAAACGCCGGACGUUGGUUCACGUUCGUAUACGGAAAUUAUGCGCGAACAGAUAUUGAAAGGCGAAGAAGCAGAGCUGCGCAAAAAGAUCCAAGAAAAGGCAAAGGAUGGCUCGCUGAAAAUUAGUAUGAGUAUCUCAUCUGCAAAACCUGCUCCGGUGGAGUCGAAGAAGCGUGGCCGUUGGGAUCAGGCAGUCGACGUGCAGUUUGUUGCACCGAAAAAGCUUGCCGUACCAGCGACUCCAACAUGGGAUGCCGAGAAAACUCCAGCCGACCAUCGAUGGGACGAAACACCCGGACACAAGGGAAGCGAAACGCCCGGUGCAACGCCAAACGUGCGCAUCUGGGACGCAACGCCCGCACACGUAUCCGGUGCGGCCACCACACCGGGUCGCGAGACGCCCGCCGAAAAGUCGACCCGUCGCAACCGCUGGGAUGAGACGCCCAAAACUGAGCGCGAAACACCGGGCCACUCGUGGGCCGAAACGCCACGUGCCGAUCGUGUGUCCGGCGAGGGUGUACUGCUGGAUGCCACCACGCCCGCCUCGAAACGCCGUUCGCGAUGGGAUGAAACGCCAUCGAAUGCUACUCCGUCCGCCAUGACCCCGUCGAUCGCGAUGACACCGACACCGCACGGUACGGCGGCAACGCCCGGUCACGCAACGCCCCUACUCACACCGGGCGGCACAACACCUGUCGGGCAUAAGGCGAUGGCGAUGGCAACACCGACACCGGGCCACCUAGCGUCCAUGACACCGGAGCAACUGCAGGCGUACCGCUGGGAGAAGGAAAUCGACGAACGUAACCGACCGUACACGGACGACGAGCUGGACGUAAUGUUCCCACCCGGUUACAAGAUUUUGCCACCGCCGGCCGGCUACAUACCGAUUCGUACGCCCGCCCGUAAGCUGACCGCCACACCGACACCGAUUGCCGGGACACCGGCCGCCUUCUUUAUCCAGACCGAGGACAAAACAGCACAGAAGUUUGUGGACAAUCAGCCGAAGGGCAAUCUGCCGUUCAUGAAGCCGGAAGACGCACAGUACUUCGACAAGCUGCUGGUCGAGGUCGAUGAAGAUUCGCUCAGCCCGGAAGAGCAGAAGGAGCGCAAAAUUAUGAAACUGCUGCUCAAGAUCAAGAACGGUACGCCACCGAUGCGUAAAGCGGCACUCCGCCAGAUAACGGACAAAUCGCGUGAGUUUGGUGCUGGGCCACUUUUUAACCAGAUACUGCCACUGCUGAUGAGCCCAACGCUCGAGGAUCAGGAACGCCAUCUGCUGGUCAAGGUGAUCGAUCGCAUCCUGUACAAGCUGGACGAUCUGGUACGUCCGUACGUGCACAAGAUACUGGUCGUGAUUGAACCGCUGCUGAUCGACGAAGAUUACUAUGCGCGCGUGGAGGGUCGCGAAAUCAUUUCCAACCUGGCGAAGGCGGCCGGACUCGCCACGAUGAUCUCGACGAUGCGUCCCGACAUUGACAACAUCGACGAGUACGUGCGCAAUACGACGGCACGCGCGUUUGCUGUCGUCGCCUCCGCACUCGGCAUUCCCUCUCUGUUACCAUUCUUGAAAGCCGUCUGUAAAAGCAAGAAAUCGUGGCAAGCGCGUCACACGGGCAUUAAGAUCGUGCAACAGAUCGCGAUCCUGAUGGGUUGCGCAAUCUUGCCACAUCUGAAAUCGCUGGUAGAAAUCAUCGAGCAUGGGCUGGUGGACGAGCAGCAGAAGGUGCGUACCAUAACGGCGCUUGCGUUGGCCGCCCUUGCCGAGGCAGCGACACCGUACGGUAUCGAAUCGUUCGAUUCGGUGCUCAAACCACUGUGGAAGGGCAUCCGGACGCACCGUGGUAAGGGUUUGGCCGCGUUCCUGAAGGCGAUUGGCUACCUGAUCCCGCUGAUGGAUGCCGAGUACGCGAACUACUACACGCGCGAAGUGAUGCUGAUCCUUAUCCGCGAGUUCCAAUCGCCGGACGAGGAGAUGAAGAAGAUUGUGCUGAAGGUGGUGAAGCAGUGCUGUGCCACGGAUGGUGUGGAGGCGCAGUACAUCAAGGAGGAGAUAUUGCCCCACUUUUUCAAACACUUCUGGAAUCAUCGAAUGGCGCUGGAUCGGAGAAAUUACCGUCAGCUGGUCGACACGACUGUCGAGAUCGCGAGCAAGGUCGGUGCGUCCGAGAUCAUAACUCGCGUAGUGGACGAUCUGAAGGAUGAGAACGAGCAGUACCGCAAGAUGGUGAUGGAAACGAUCGAGAAGAUAAUGGCGAACCUUGGCGCGGCCGACAUCGAUUCACGGCUCGAGGAGCAACUGAUCGAUGGCAUACUGUACGCGUUUCAGGAGCAAACGACCGAGGACGUGGUGAUGCUGAACGGGUUCGGUACGAUCGUUAACCAGCUGAGCAAGCGCGUAAAGCCAUAUCUGCCGCAGAUUUGUGGUACAAUCCUUUGGCGGUUGAACAACAAGUCGGCCAAGGUACGGCAGCAGGCGGCCGAUCUUAUCUCGCGCAUUGCGGUGGUGAUGAAAACGUGCCAGGAGGAGAAGCUAAUGGGCCAUCUCGGCGUAGUACUGUACGAGUACCUAGGCGAGGAGUAUCCGGAGGUGCUCGGUUCGAUACUCGGAGCUCUGAAAGCGAUUGUCAACGUAAUCGGCAUGACAAAGAUGACGCCCCCGAUCAAGGAUCUGCUGCCCCGGUUAACACCCAUCCUGAAAAACCGACACGAGAAGGUGCAGGAGAACUGUAUCGAUCUGGUCGGACGUAUUGCGGACCGUGGCCCGGAGUACGUGUCGGCCCGCGAAUGGAUGCGCAUCUGUUUCGAGCUGCUCGAGCUGCUGAAGGCGCACAAGAAGGCGAUCCGACGUGCAACCGUCAACACGUUUGGGUACAUCGCAAAAGCGAUCGGUCCGCAUGACGUGCUGGCAACGUUGCUCAACAAUCUGAAGGUGCAGGAGCGCCAGAACCGUGUCUGCACGACGGUCGCGAUCGCCAUCGUGGCAGAAACGUGCCGCCCGUUCACCGUGCUUCCCGCGCUCAUGAACGAGUACCGCGUGCCGGAGCUGAACGUGCAGAACGGUGUGCUCAAGUCGCUGUCCUUCCUGUUCGAGUACAUCGGCGAGAUGGGCAAGGACUACAUCUACGCAGUCUGUCCGCUGCUGGAGGAUGCACUGAUGGAUCGCGACCUGGUGCACCGGCAAACGGCUUGUGCUGCGAUCAAGCACAUGUCGCUCGGUGUGUAUGGGUUCGGGUGCGAGGAUGCGCUCGUUCAUCUGCUGAACUACGUGUGGCCAAACAUCUUCGAAACGUCGCCCCACCUGGUGCAGGCGUUUAUGGACGCGGUCGAGGGUUUGCGAGUAGCGCUCGGCCCGAUCAAGAUCUUGCAGUACACGCUGCAGGGACUGUUUCAUCCGUCGCGGAAGGUGCGUGAUGUGUAUUGGAAGAUUUACAACUCGCUGUAUAUCGGCGCACAGGAUGCACUGAUUGCCGGCUAUCCGCGCAUUACGAACGAUCCGAAAAAUCGGUACGUUCGGUAUGAGCUGGAGUAUAACUUGUAA